UAGGUGAAUAAGUUCAUGUCCCCAUUUCAGUACCCAUAAGCGUGGAAUCACUCAUAUAUUAGUGUGAGAAUGACAUGUUCUUCAUUGCAGUCUAAAAUAUUUGAUUUGUAUUUAACCAACUUCUGUCCAAAAGUGUGGGAUUUUUUUUUUCUUCCCUUAACCUUGCACUCUUAUACCCCUUUUUGACCAACAGGGAAUGGGUUCUCGAACCGGUUCCAUUCAGGAUUCUUUGAACCUUGGUGCAAAGCGAGCCAGCCCACGUUUUCACCAAUUUUGAGCGGAACUGGUGUAAUCAAGGAUGUCAUGAACGGAGGGUGUUGUACGAUUCACAACAGUACUAGCAAGACUGCAGAGCGCAUUGAUUUACUUCCAAGCUUUUGUUCUGUUAUUACAGAGAUUUGUUUUCAGUCCAUUUUUUUUUUCUCAAGAUGUAUCCUUUUCUGUUGCGUUCUUUAUUCCUGCCCUCUGCUUCCUUUCCAAACUAAUGACCCACCUACUGAUGUCAUGGUUCAUGCUGGAAAACCCAGCUAUGUUUUGGUUCCUGCUGGGAACUGAGUUUUUGUUUUUGGUCGGAAUGCUCUGAACGGUUUGGUGUGUGAGCAAAAAUGGAAGCUGUUCCCUGUUGGUCGAAAAGGGGUAUUAGAAAUAAAGGUACCAAGCAGUAGGGGAAAGGGGUGCAAUAGGUCUCACCCUUUUUUCUUUUUUUUUUUAAUUAUAUGGUAUAAAGAUUGUAACUUUAUUAGGAGUGUUAUAGAACAAACACAUAAUUACAAAUUAACUGGCAUCAAAUCCAAUGAUAAAAGUGCAACAAUUUUCCAACAAGUCAGUGUUUUACAGUGGAUCCGAUUCUCUACAGGUGUGGGGCAGUAAGCUCCCAGCAGAAGAGUCCGACUUUCAGUUUCUAUUUCGUUUUACUGGGUUCAGUUACCACCCAUUCUGAUUGGCUCCUGAAUAAUCUGCAAUAAUGUCUAACAUGCUGAUAAAUUCCAUGCGUUUUCAGUGUAGUGGGGCCGAAUAUCCCAUAGGGCCUAAUACUGUCCCCCUUUGCUAUACUUGCCUUUGUUGCGAUGGCAGUACCAACACUGGUACAUCUUUUGUACCUUUAGUAUAUAUUUUACUUGGGAAGAUACAUGUGGUGUACAUUUCAUUAUCUUUAAAGGUCAUGAGAAGCUGUUAAAGUCCAGUGAUGUACCAUAAAUCAUUUUAAGGUGUGCUAGAAUCAGGUUUCCAGGUAUCUUUGAUGGUACUACCUCAGUGAAUAAAGUGUGGUACCUUUAUUUCCGAGUUCCCCAGUUCCAUCUGAUCUUCCUGCUUAAAGACCCCUGACUGGAGUUAGAAAACCUUGGCUCACACCGCUGCUGACUGUGUGUUACCUAUCCAUUCUCUCUGCCCAGUGCGACGCUCUAUCUCUCUCCCCCAACACACACACGCACAUCACUGCGAUGUCACAGCUUUCCAACAACCCAGUCCGAGAGCACAUGAAAUGGGCUGGGUUGCUGGGCUGUGAGGCAGUGCUUUCCAGUAUGGCUCUGAUGCAGGCCAGUUCUCCACCCAGUCAUAAAAAGAUGAGCCAGAACCACAACCAUAGUCACAACCAGGAAGCCCACAGUCACAUGGUGCUGCCAUCUGGAGUCAGCUGCUCACCCAUGCUCAUUAAUAAGGACGGAGAGUUCCACUCUUCCCGGCUGCUGGAGGAGAAGGACAUGCAGUCGAGCCAGAAUGUGCAGUCGAAGAAGAAAAACAGGAAGUCAGGAACACCGACCAAAGUGAGAGAGAAAGUGCAGGUUGAGUGUGAGCCAAUGACGAGCGAUGACGGUUCUCUCAACUCCCAGGUGCAGAAGAACUUCAUCUGUGAACACUGUUACGGAGCGUUCCGGAGUAGUUAUCACCUCAAACGACAUAUCCUCACUCAUACAGGUGAGAAGCCGUUUGGGUGCGACAUGUGUGACAUGCGAUUUAUUCAGCGCUACCACCUGGAGAGACACAAACGUGUGCACAGUGGAGAGAAGCCUUAUCAGUGUGACCGCUGUCAGCAGAACUUCUCUAGAACAGACCGGCUCUUGCGGCACCGGCGCAUGUGCGUCGUCGGUAUCCCUAAGGAGGAGGACACUUCAUGCUGUGAUGGUCGACCGUAUUCACAGGAACCUGCACAGCAGUCUUGGAGCCCCCUACAGGCUAACAAUAGCAGCAGCCGGCUCGCAGUGUGAUGGUUUCCCGAAGUCUCAGUUCAGCUCUGUGAGACCAGGGUGGACUCAACACAGGCACUUGGGGACAUUUUACUGCUCCAGACUGAUCCUGGAGACUCUGGGGAAAAGUCUCCUGUCUACUGCUUCACUUCAGCGAUGUUUUGAGCUGAUUUGACUUGAGAGGAGAGGGAUUUUGUAGUAUUUUCUAUAGAUGCUAUCAGCCUCUGGGAGGGUUGGCGUAGUGGUAUUUUUUUUUUAAAUAUAUAAAUAUAUAUGUCUAUAUAUAUACUGCACAGGCAAUAAUGAAAUGUAGAGGGCCAAGGAGUGGGUUAAUCCUAUGUUAGUUACCUUGGAAGGAGAUUGGUUUACACACACACACACACACACACACACAAGAUGGUUUAUCGUGUUACAAAGUCACAGAAAAUUGUGAGCAGCUCUUCAGCCAUCGUCACAUGUGGCCUUUUGAUUUCUCCACUGUUCUUCAGUAGCGUCAGGAUAACCAGGAAUUAGUGAACGAAGUGCCUGACUGCGUUCAUGCUAGCCAGAGAUAAGUCACUCGUGUUGCUUGUAGUUAAUGACCACUAUGGAUGUCGCAUGUAGGCGUACACCAGGGCUUCCCAAACUAAGAGUCACUCGAUUUACAAAUGGGGUCACGAUCAUCUCGUUUAUUUUAAUAUUGGAUUCCAUUUUGUGAUGGAUACUCUCCUGACACGCUGCGCUAUCAUAGCCACAAAAAAAAAAAAACCAACAACAACAGGACAAAUUUCCCCAUCCGUCUGCCUCCGCCAAACAGACUGCAUUUAAAAUCAUAUACAUGCGUCCUAGUCUAGACCGUUAUUGAGUACGAACACUACUAGUUUCACUGCUAGAGUUAGUGUUUGAAUUUUAAAAACCUCAUGUCACCUUCAAACUUGGUGGAAAGUUUCUCAGCAUUCUGAGGUUUUUAGAUUAGUAAGUACUUUUGAAAGUAAGGUCAGAGUUUUUGACUUGACUUGCCAUUGAGAUCAUGACGACAACGGCGGACUGCUUUCAGAGAGACGGAGCUCGUCAGUGUGUUUAACGUGGCUGUGCACGAAGUCGCAAAACAUUUUAUAGCUCGACUUGCAGACCUGAUGGAUGGGAACGUUUUGACUUGUGAAGUGAACGUCGUUUUUGAGUGCAUGAACAAUGACGCUUGAAGUACCGCUGCUUCUGCAUGUAUAAACCAGGCUCCUCUGCUAGACAUCUGACUGUAUAUUUUAUAUAGCUGGAAUAAAAAAAAUUUAAAAUGUAAGAAUGCUUGGAGUUGGAGGAAAUUCAUAAUAUCCAUUUGGGGUUUUGUUCAAAACGUUUGCGAGCCCUUGGUGUACGCUGUCCAGUGUUUUAUUAUUUACUAUGAGUGAGGAGUAGCCAAAAUGUUCCAGAUUCUAAAGCGCAGUAGUUAAAGACAUUUAAAUAAUGCAUUAAUCAGUGUGAAAUGGGUUGUUUGGUUUCUAUGUUAAAUGCUAGACUUCGUAGCCUUGAUGACCGAUUGGCAAAGCAAACUUUUGUUAUAAACAACAGUCAUAAGGGUUUCUUCCAUUUUUACGCGUCAAACAGUAAACUAAACAUUAAACUGAAGAAACGUCGGACCGUGGACAGGGAAAUCGUUCGAGCCGGUCGUUUGUAUUUGUUGCUUGUUAUUUGUCACUUGUCGCUGUUGUUCAUAUCGUGGUUCUGGGAAAAGUCAUAGUACAUGGAAUGAAGCAAAUAGUGGUCUGUUAUUUUGUCACUUGCUAGCGUAAGCAUGGGGUAAAGCGCAACUCCUGAUUAUAGUUUCCCCAGUAAAUCCAUUUUAUUUCAAGACAGUUUGGGAAUGUUAGGUUAAGGUGUAGGAGUUUUCCAGUUAGUCAUGGCAGUUUCAUUGUCGAUUACAAAUACAUGUCACUGAAAAUUACUAUCUCUAGCUACAUUCGUAGUGCUGAAGAUCAAACAAAUUGGAUGUAUUAUUGCAGACCACAUCUCCUCCAGGUCAAGAACUUGCAUUCACGUUUAGUCAUUUGGCAGACGCUGUGAUCCAGAGUGACGAGGAAAAAGUGGUCCGCUGUGAUUCGGCUCCUCAUUGAAAUGCAUUUCUGUAUGUUUGUGCAUAAAACUGUUAUUUUUGAGUCUGGAUUAGAAACGUGAACUCGUAUAUGAGGUUUUUUUUUUCCUUUUUUUUUAAUUCCUGAUGCUGUUUAUCGUAUACAAUUUUCUGGAUUCAAACACUGGAUCAAUCAGUCCAGAAUAAGGCUAACAGUGUGUGUGUGUGCUUUUAGCUUUAGUCCUUUUUAUAUAUAUAUGAACCAGUAGUUCCUUAGAAGGCCAGGUACUACAGACUUUAAACACUGAACACAGACUACAUGCAGAUUUCAUGUGCUGAAUCUUUUACCUUAUUUGAUUUGAUUUUUAACAUUUUGAGUAGUUAUUAGACUGCUACAAGUGUUUAAACUAGUAGCCGCAUUUUUAUAACAAGUAGGUUUUGCAUGAAGCUCGGUUCCUCAAACAUCAUGUAUUGUGUUUGUUAAAGGAAUAAAAAUGUAUUUUUUUGUACCUGUUAAAAUUUUUUUUGUACUUUUAUCUUGCGCAAAACAUGCACACUAAACUCUUUCUUACCCAGCUAGGAACUGCAUAGUGAGUGGAAAUUUAGAUUCUCAGAAAACAAUAAAUUAAUUUCUUUUUCCAGGCA